GGAAUUUUGCGCCCUAGAGGUCCCGAUACAACCCUGCGGUGGAUGGCGAACGCUACCCCGGAUUGUUCAGUUCAGUUCAGUCGCCAUCCGAUCCAAGCUCGCCGGGCAUCGCCGUGUCACCCACGUCACUGUUAUCAGCAACAGGUCGCCGAAUCGAGCGUGAAAGACCAGUCGCCAUGGACAUCGAAACGUUUCGCGCCCGCGGUAAGCAGAUGAUAGAGUACAUUUGCGAGUUCGUGAGCACUAUUCAUACCAGGAGGGUCACGCCAGACAUUGACCCCGGCUAUCUCAGGCCUCUGCUGCCGUCAGAGCCGCCGAAUGAUCCGGAGUCGUGGGAUGAGAUCAUGAAGGACGUGGAAUCGAAGAUCAUGCCGGGGAUCACGUAUUGGCAGCAUCCAAGGUUCCACGCCUACUUCCCGGCGGGAAAUUCCUUCCCCUCUAUUCUCGGUGAUAUGCUGUCCAACGCGAUCGGCUGCAUUGGAUUUUCUUGGGCGGCCAGUCCAGCCUGCACGGAACUGGAGACGAUAGUCUGCGAUUGGUUCGGCAAGGCAAUCGGGCUGCCGACGGACUUCCUGUACUUCAGCGAAGGCAGCAAUGGCGGUGGCGUUAUACAGGGCUCGGCGUCGGAAUGCGUCCUCGUGUGCAUGCUGGCCGCUCGGGCGCAAGCAAUUGCUAGGCUCAAGGCAUCCCCCGCGUACGCACACUUGGACGAAACUGUGCUGCUCGGCAAGCUGAUGGCGUAUUGCAGCCGGGAGAGUCAUAGUUGCGUCGAGAAGGACGCGAUGAUAUGCUUCGUGACGUUACGCAUCCUCGAGCCCGACGAGAAGAGCGUGCUGCGCGGCGAGACCUUGCAGCAGGCGAUCGAGAAGGACAUAGCUCAGGGCUACGUUCCUUUCUUCGUCUCGACGACCCUCGGUACAACCGCCUGCUGUUCGUUCGACAACCUCAAGGAGAUCGGGCCGGUUUGCAAGAAAUAUCCAGGGGUCUGGCUUCACGUGGACGCCGCUUACGCUGGCAAUGCUUUCAUUUGUCCGGAAUUGAAAUACUUGAUGGCGGGCAUCGAGUACGCCGAUUCAUUCAAUACCAAUACCAACAAGUUUCUGUUGACAAAUUUCGACUGCUCCUGUCUUUGGGUGCGCGACAGGUUCAAGCUAACCAGCGCUCUCGUCGUGGACCCAUUAUACCUCAAGCACACCCAUGCGGACACGACUAUAGAUUAUCGACACUGGAGCAUACCGCUGAGCAGGCGAUUCCGUUCGCUUAAGCUCUGGUUCGUAAUAAGAUCUCACGGAAUAUCCGGCUUGCAAGCUUACAUUCGAAACCACGUGCGACUCGCCAAAAGAUUCGAGGCCCUCGUUAGGAAGGACUCCAGAUUCGAGGUCUGCAACGACGUAGUGCUGGGUCUGGUGUGCUUCCGCGCUAAAGGCACCGAUAAGCUAAACCAGAAAUUGCUGAGCGCCAUUAACGAUUCCGGAAAAUUGCACAUGGUCCCGGCGCAGGUCAAUCAACGUUACACGAUACGCUUCGCGCUUGCUGCACCUAACGCGUGCGGCGAGGACAUCGAUGUCGCGUGGAGCAUUAUAACGGAUUACCUGGCCGAAAUCUUGGAAUCUAAGGACGUGAUGGACGAGCUAGCGGACAUUCGCGAGAAGAAGAGAAAGGCCACUCUGGAACAGCGGAGAUCCUUCUUCGUGCGUAUGGUGUCUGACCCUGCGAUUCAGCCGGGCUUCACCAAGACCCCGAACAGAUCCAAGCUCGACACGCAAACGACGAUCGGCGGUGCCGGAUCGAAUACUCAGACCGGAACGCGCUCUUGGAUAUCCUGGCCGCUUGAGUACCUGAUGCAGGCAAAGGAAGCUGCUGAUAGAAGCGAAGUAUCGCUUAGGUUUCGCCACUUGGACACCAUGGUGCGCCUGAAGGCUGGCGGUACAGGAAGUCGUCGCGGCAGCAGCAACGGAUGCAGCCCGGAACCAUCCCCGUCCGCUUCGCCCUCGCGUGGCAGAUCACCCAACGGCAGGGCGUAAUCGUGUUACGCUCGCACGACGAUCCUUCUUUAUUCGCGCGAUCCCACCGAGGAGUCCUCCAGACGUGUUGACGGGCGACUCCUUGUGCUCGCCAAGAAAGCCGUUCCGGAGAGACAGAUAGAGAAGGAACCUAGUUAGUUACCACUUCACACCGGGAACUGAUAACUGCCGACGAUCUCGAUAUCAAGAUCCAUCUUAUACGAGCUUGCAGGCCAGAAUCAAAGAACUUGUUUCUAGGCCGUCGAGAGCCCAUAUUUUUAAAAUUGUAUAUUCCGUCAAUAACAGGAAAAUUCUACAUGACUCACUCAGAAGUGGACCUAGUCGUAGUCUAACAACAUAUGAUUUAUGUUCUCAAAAAAUAUGGACUCAAGACAAUUCCCACGUAAUGUGAUCGUUGGUCUUUGGAAAUGUAGACUCGGUAGACAGUCUACAGAUGAGAGAGAACUUUUUGCAGCUCAGGAUAGUAUUCUGCCUACGUAAUUCCAUGUGUCAAAUUGUAGAUGCAAUUAUGAUAAAAAGAAAUGAACUUUUCUGCGGGAUGAUGUUUCCCCCACCAGGGAGAUGAUUCAAGCACGAUAACUUUAUUAUUAAGACGUCUCAUCGUUUCGUCGUUAAGUGAUAAAAUACAUAGAUUUAAAAGGAUUAAUGUUGGAAUUAUUACUGUUAGACAAUCGAAAGAAAGAAACUUUAUAGUUACUUAAUAAUUGCUUGUACUUGUUACAUCAAAUUGCACGCAGGAUUCCGUCUAGUAAAUUUACAGAUAGUCUAAAAUGAGUUUAACGAAGAACAAACUCCGCACAAAAUUGCUCAGUGAAGAAUACGAUCGCAUGCAGUGGUUUCUUUCGAUCGGCACGAAAUUAAAUGCGCUUUAGUCGCGACCAACGCGUGUCAUCUCUUCCGAAAUUCCCGAGACCAUGAAACCUCGCAACAAUGUCGUCUGGGAGAUUUAUGGCGUUUCUUACGCGCCCUUUUAUGUCGUUUCUUGAAACGUUCACAUUAUCCGGGCAACAUGUUCUUUCAUUCUGGCGGGAUUUCCCGACACGCGCGAAAAAAGAAGGAGAAUAAACCUCGAAAUGAAAUAAAAUAUAACGUAGACAUGUGUAAUAGAAUGUGGACGAAAAAGCAUAGUGAAAUAUACACUAUAACGCACCCAGACACAAAUCACUGGAAGAAAUUGGUUAUCAGCCUGGAGAGUUUAGGAAAUACCUAAUUUACACUUUCAACACGUCCCGUCCGUGCCGAUUCCGCGCGACUUUCCAUUCGGAUUGUGCGAGAGACGGAGGCGCGUUGCCGAAUUUAUUAUUGUAAUAUAAUACGUUGGCGACGUCUUAAAAUAUUUAUAACACCGCAAAAUUCGUUCCUAUUAAAACAAAAGAGCGAAGUAUGCUGAGCUUCAAGUCGACACUUUAACCCUUUCGUUACUAACGGGACAUAUAUAUUCAGAUAUUUCCCUAACCGUUAAUAUUCACCUUAUUCAAUUGAACAAACAGCUUUUUGGCAUUCAGAAUAUAUUAUUUUAUUUAUUGUAUCGCCGAUGAUCCCGAUGGAAGGAGUAUCGGUGCUCAUGAACGCGUAGUAACGAACGCGGGAAGUAAUUAAAGCGAGUUGACGGGCUUUUUGGCAGGCUUUAGGCGUGUCGCUCGCGCUAACGACGAUAUUGACGAAAUUAUUAUUUUGAUGGUGUGAAUCGCGCGCGGUGAGUGCGUCUCCGUACGACGACCCUGGUUUUCCGCGUGCGGAUUCUUGGACGAAGAAUUUCGUAUCGAUUUUUUAGAACAAAUAUGCCUUCUCGAGAACCCCUGUGGGAUAUCAUCAGUAUUCCAUAUCUCUAUCCCUUUGACGCCAAACAUAAAACUUUUAAUUUUUUUUUGCUAAAACUGCAUUAUAUAUUUAAUGAAGUGAACAAAAAUUGUACCUUUAAAAAAUAAAAUUAGUAGAGCGGAAGGGUUAAGGAAUAUAAUAUUAUCGUCAAUUUUUUUGCUCUUGUUAUACUUCGCACAAAUAAUUACGCGUUUGACAUAAAUUCAUUGGCAAAUUUGUGAGCAAACUACGGACAAUCGAAUGUAUCAUCCAUAAAUUUCAUAUAAAUUCGCAAGUGGAGGUACCAGAUUUUCACACACAUUGACCCACGAUAACUAUUCAGAUGAUACGUAUGAUAACCAUGUGCCAAUAUGUUGAUAAUACCAUCAAAUAUUUCAAGAUUUUACUUAUGAGCGUCGGAUGACCCGAAAAGUUCAGCGUAGGGUGGGCCGAACAGCACAGAACGUGUUUUAUCAUGUGUCUCGAGAAGCGAAAGCUAUAAAUUCUAUUUCAUAAAGAUGAAAAUAAUCACUCGAAUUGAAGACCCGUUGGAAUAAAGUCGCCUCGAAAUUGAAGAAAGCACUUUACUGUUUCCUUGCGCAACCC